AUACAUAUGUAUAUCUGUGUCGUUUUACCAUAACAUCUUAAGUCGACUUAAGUCAAAAUCGAGUAAAGGUCAUAUUCUAGUUCUCCUAUUCAUAGUUCAUAUUUGUGUCCAAUCCGAUUUAAAAAAUUCCAAUUUUAAAGAAAGUUAUCGCCUUUUGUAUUUUUCUUAUCUUUAUUUUUGAAAAUAUUACAUACAUUAAAACAUCUUAAGUAAACUUAAAUUUUAUGAGAUGCUUUAUUGGUUGUUAAAGGUUUCUUCAUUUAAACUUAUGUCAACUUAAGCUCUAUUAAUAUUAAAAAAAAAUUUAAAAUAUGUAUUCUAUAAAACAUCUUAUGUCCUCUUACGCUAAUAUGUUAAACUUAUAUUCUUAUAAUUUCUUCACUUAAAUGGACAUAAGUUGUUUUGAAAAAACUCGAAUAUUCAAAGAGAGAACUUUUUACAUUUUGCAAAACAUCUUAAGUCUACUUAAAAUGUUAUGCAAUAAUUCGGUUCGAACAUAACGGCAUUUUAACUCAACAUAAGUUUGUUUGGAUGCGUGCUCACAACGCAUUAUUGCGCACAUAAGCGAUCAGUUGAAAAGAAGUCGUUGUGCUAAUAACUUCAAAAAUGGAAAGUGAUUUAUUGAAUAAUAUAAGCAAUGUAGAUUUCGAUAGUGAUGAUUCCAUUAUUGAUCCAAAUUUUAAUAUAAGUGGAUGUACUGCAGCAAGUUCCAGUUCCGAAAAUAAUGAUGAAAACUCUAUAAGUGUUGCAAAUAAAGUGGAAACAAAAAAAAUAUUCAAAGAAAGAGGCAAAAGAUUCCAGGAAUAAAGGGCACAGUUACACCUCAAGCGCUGGUAAGGUUGUUCAGGCACGUGCAGUGCGCAGGUUGGAACCGUGCAGAAAGAAAUGCGCAGAUAGAAUCACUUUUGAAGAACAGCAAUAUAUACACACACAGUACUGGGAACUAGGCUCAUACAAUUUACGCAAAACAUUUCUUGGUGGCUUAAUUGAAGUUGAAGAAACAAAAACAGUAAAAAAAGCUAAACAUGACUUAAAACCAAAGAUAAGACCUUAUACAAACAAUUAUUUCCUGGAAGUUGGUAGUAAUAAAAUCGCAGUAUGCAAAAAAUGCUUUACAUUCACAUUAUCAGAGACAGAACAAUCUAUAAAAACGGUUGUGAGUGCAAAACUUGAUGGGCGUGUAAUCGGCGAUGGACGUGGAAAACAUAAAUGCACUAAAAAACUUUCUAUCGCAAAAGAGAAUGAAAUUUUAGAUUUUAUUAAAAGCUUCCCAUCGUAUGAGUCGCAUUAUACUCGAAGGGACACAUCAAAACGUUAUUUGCCAAGUGAUUUAUCUGUGAAUGAAAUGCAUCGUCUCUAUUGUGAAAAAUACGCUUAUUCCGUUUCAAUUUCAAAAUUUUCGCAAUUGUUUAGCACACUCAACUUGAAAUUUAAAAAACCUAAAAUUGACACUUGUCAUAAGUGUGAUUUGCUCCAAUGCAAAAUACAAGUUGCUAAGCCCGAAGAAUUGGACUCUUUACAACUAGAGCAAUCUAAACAUGUAAAUUUAGCAGAAAAAGCUUACGAUGCUAAACAAAAUGAUAAGCAGAGAGCUUUAGCUGAUGCUACACUUAAAGUGUUGUGUUUUGACCUACAGCAGUGUCUUCCUACACCAUUAUUAAGAACCUCACUUUCUUUUUACAAAAGGCCUUUGUGGACUUUUAAUCUUACUAUGCAUGAUUGUGCGAGUAAUCAGGCCUCAUGCUACAUGUGGCAUGAAGCAAUAGCAAAAAGAGGGGGUAAUGAAAUAGCAUCGUGCGUGUUUGAUUAUUUAUUAACAUUAAAUACGAAUGCAAAGCACGUUGUUUUAUACAGUGAUUCAUGUCCAGGACAAAAUAAAAAUUCAUUCAUUGCAACUAUGUUUGCAAUUUUUAUGCAAUUUAAAAAUAAUGUAGACAUUAUAGAUCAUAAAUUCUUGGUCCCUGGUCAUACUCACAUGGAGUGUGAUAGCGACCAUGCUUUGAUAGAAAAAAGGAAAAAACUAACUUCAACCAAAAUUCACCAUCCCCGUGAUUGGUACCAGUUUAUCAGAACAAUUGGCGUAACAAAAAAAUUUGUUGUUAAUGAAAUGGCACAGUCGAACAUAUAUGACUUUGCACAUGCAUCAAAGAAUUUAUUUACAUGGAGAAAAGUAGAUGACAGUGGUGAAAAGUAUAGCUUGAUCGACAUUAAAUGGCUAAGAUAUACCAAAGAAACUGGAAAUGUUUAUUUUAAAAAAUCCUUAAAUGAAGAAGAACCUUUUAAAUUGAUAAACAUAUCUAAACGAGGAAUAAACUGCGUGAGAAUGACAGAUUUAAAAAUAUGCUACGACGCACCAAUAAAAAUUGGCACAAAAAAGAAACAAGAUCUUUUAGAUAUGUUACCUAUUGUGGAUGAAGUGUAUAAGCCAUUUUAUAUAAACUUAGCAACAGAAGAGCACUUAGAUUGUCAUCCAGAUCUUACAGAAUCUGAUGAAACUAAUGAAUAAUUAAUGCUUUAAUUUGCUUUGAAACCAGAUUUUUUAUACUAUGAGUUGAACUUAUUAAUAUGAUUUAAGAAACAAUACAUGAAGCUGUAUAUUUUUGUUAUGAAUAAAUUUUUUGUUUUAAAAAUAAACAAAUAUAAAAGUCUUAUAUCCAAUGAGUUAUUUGUUUCAGUUUUAGCAAAAGCUCUUAUGUCAACUUAAGUAUUAUCCAACUGAAGUAUUCAUUUUGACAAAAUAUCUUAAGUCAAAUUAAGAUUUGAUUUUUCUUAACUUUUCGUUUUUUAAAAUAUCUUAUGUACAAAACAACGAAUAAAACAUACUUCUUACUAAAAUUUUUUUCAAAAUCGGCACAUAAUGUUUUAAGAAAUAGUUUUACUUUUUCCUUGAUUAAAAAUAACUCAUUAAAUUUCAACACAAUAGAUUUUAGAGGAAAUCGCCAAUAUCUCAAAACUCAAUUUUAAGACUUAAGAUGUUAUGGUAAAACGGCACAGAUAUG